AUGCUCAAAAUUAUUUUCAACAAUUUCUGUUCAGACACAAAUAUUCACGGAUUUGGCUACAUUCUACAGCCACAACGUCAUAAAGUUGAGAAAAUCUUUUGGAUCCUGUCAGUUUCAACUUCAUUCAUCUUAACUGGACUUUUGAUCUACAAACUGUUGCUUGAAGGUCAAAAGAAUCCAACUGUCAUCUACACCGACCAGAAUGCUAUCAAAAUUCAGGAACUAAACUUUCCAGCCGUUUCCAUUUGUCCUGGAUUGAUCUAUAAAACAUAUUGUCUAACAAUUAUCGAUUAUGAAUUUAUUAAGGCACAGCUAUUAAGUCACGAACGAAAUAUCAGCGAAUUGUCAAUCAGAGAUGUCAAAUUAAUGCAAGUUGGAAGUCUUGUCGCACGCGAUCACUUUUUAUCUGAUAAAUUUCCAUCAUUGUCGAUUCCAACUGAUGAUUUUAUGGAAAUAUAUGAACAGUACAACAUGACUUUAGUUCCAUAUUAUAUGUAUAAAGCUGCAGUUGGUGAAACAAUUCGUCCUUAUUUAGUCUUGCCACCUUCAAACUUCAUUGGAGGCUAUGAAAAUAAAUACACAGUUUUUUUGAAACAUUUUGUGACAGAACGUGGUCCAUGCUUAACAUUCAAUUCACCAAAAAUAACAGACAUUUAUGACACAAAUGUCACGGACAAAAGCAUGAUCGAGGAAAAAAAUUCAGAAUUAAUUGGCAAUUAUGUUUAUGCGACGUCCGGCACAGGAUUCUGGACUCAAUUUGAAAAUAUUUCAUAUCCAGUCAAGGCUGGUCCUCUUGGUCUCCGGAUGUUAAUGAAUAUUCAUCAUCUGUUUAUGGAUUGUCAUGAUCAAGCUAACAACGAUGGAUAUGAUCCUGCCAAAUAUAAUCAUUUUGAGCACACAAUUCAACCAAAUUUGAAUAAAGCUGGCUUUGAAAUUGUCAUCCAUGAUCCAUAUGAGGUCAUGCCAAGUGCUGAGAAUCAUUUUACAAUAACACGAGCUGACUUGUUGUUCCUGGCUGUAACACCUGUAAUUUCAAUGAUUGAUGACUCUUUGGUAGACAAAGAACUGGACUUUCGUCGAUGCUACCUAAAAGAUGAGAAAAAGCUCAAGUUCUUCAAAGUCUACACAAAGACAAACUGCGAACAUGAAUGCCUGACUCAAAUGACCCUCAAAUCCUGCGGAUGUGUCCAAUUCUUCAUGACCAGGAAGCCAAACACAAAAAUUUGUGGAAUCAGCGAUGAAAAAUGUUUCGAAGAUGUUGAAAAUAAAUUUAAUGGAGAUAAGUCGGUCUGCAAGUGCUACGAUCCGUGUGAUAAAGUUAAGUAUGAAGUCAAACUGCAGAACACGGAAACUGAAUCCUUCUUCCAUUAUGAUCCAACCUUUAUCGUAAGAAUGGCAGUUGAUUCCGUAUUCCCAACAAGAAGACGUCUCAGUACAACAUUUGUUGAUUUUAUGUCAUUUGUUGGUGGACUUCUUGGCUUAUUUGCUGGAUUCUCAUUCUUAUCAGCUGCUGAGGUCAUUUAUCACUUUGUUAUUCAGCCUAUCAUGAAGCUACUGAGACGAGAUUCAUCGACAGUUCAUCCAAUUGAUGCAACAGAACAAUCUGCAGUUCCAUUUCCAGCUUUAACAAUAGUUCGUGUCAUAACAGACAAAGAAGAUAGAAGUCCAGUUCCCAAUAGUACGCUAGAUUUCAGCGACAAGCCUUACAUUGUAUGGCUUCAACUUGAAGUGGGCUCCCAAGGUCAAUUGUAUUCAACUAGUGACAACCUUUUCCAUUUCAAAUCGACUUCAGACUUUGUGGAUCUUCUGAGAAUAAUGACAGGAAGAAGUAAAAUUCCAUUUGACGUGUACAGCGCGACAUGGAAUGAGAAUCAAAAAUUGGAGUACACAGAUGUGUUGACUACUCAGCUAAUUGGUCGUGCAUUUAAUUUAAUUGAAGAUUUUAAGCUAUUGAACCUUGAUAGAGUCUCGAGGGAUUUUCAUUACAGUUAUGGAUGUCAACAGAACUGCAAUUAUCCACUCAAGACAUCGAUUGGUGACGGCAAAGGACUCAGCGUUGAGUUUAACAUUUGGAACAACUUAUCAGCAAAUACAAAUUUUUAUUACAUUCAUUCACCAAAUGAGCUGCCGCUGAUCGGGUAUCGUGAAGGACUUCAAAAAAGUUCAAUUUAUGACAUUUUGGUCACUCCAAGCAUUAUUAAAGCUGAAGAGAAUUUAAAGUCCCUUGAUAUUAAGUCUAGAAAUUGUUAUUUUGAUGGUGAACGAAGGCUUAAGUACUUCAAACUUUACACACAAAGGAACUGCGAAAUGGAGUGUCUGUCAGAAAGUGUUUACCAAACAUGCACAUGUGUUCCUUACAACUUCAUUCGAGACCCAAUUAUGGACAUAUGUGAUAAAUACAGCUUGUUGAACUGCUUCUUUUACAUCGCAAACAACAAAGCAACUGAAUAUGAUCAUCUUUAUGAAUCGGACGGAGUCUGUCGAUGCCUGCCAGCAUGUAAUGAAGUAAAAUAUUCGUAUGAAGUUUAUAAGAACAAAUUUGACAGGAACUUGAGUGUCAGUAACUCGUUGAUUCAAAUGAGAUGGAAGGACAGCGAAUAUUAUGCAAUGAUUCGAGUUCAGGAGUUCAAGCUUGUUGACUUUUUCUCGUAUGCUGGUGGAAUUUUGGGACUUUUUGCUGGCAUUUCUGUGCUGUCAAUUUUUGAGAUUUUUUACUUUUUCACAUUGAGGUUAGGGACUGAUUUGGUUAGGGUAAUGAGGGAUUAG